AUGUUAACACCACGUAUAAGUGGUAACGCCGUCGUCUUGGUGUUAAGUGCAUUGUUGGUGCUUUCACCCCUAAGCGAGGCUAAACGGGCAUUGGGUGGCGGUAAUCGUAAGUCGGGUGGAGGUCACACCACCCGAAGACAACCGGAUACACAUGUCACCAAGCCAACAUAUUCCAUUAGCAGUGGUAACUCGCAUGCGGACCAGGCCAAAUUGAGCUAUCCCAACUAUAAUGCCCAACCCAAUCGACCAGCCAGUGCACCAUCCUCGUCAAAUUCUCAACCAAUUGGUUGGAAUGUACCAAAUAAUCAACAUCCUGCAGGUCCACCACCAGCCUAUUCACCCAGCAAUGUGGCGGGUGGAGCCAAGACCAAUGUGCAUGAACCACCACCAGUGUAUCAGAAGCCCAAUUAUGCCGCACCACCACCAAAUUACAAUCAGGCCACGGGAACACAUUAUGGUUCGGCCUCGUAUCCACAACAACAACUUCCAGCUGGUGCAACCUAUCACAGUCCCAAUAAUCUACCACCAGGCGCUACAUACUACAACAAUCCAUCACAUGUACCCGGAGGUUAUCCCAUGGCUGGUGGUUAUCCAAUGGGUGGUGGUUAUCAUGCUCCUGGCGGCGGUGGUGGUUAUUAUCCACCAAAUUCGGUUCCAGCUGGUGCCAGUUAUUUCCCGGCUGGUGGUCAAUUGCCACCAGGCGCCGUUUUGUAUUCAUCACCACCACAACAAACGUCAUCGGGAUUAGGUUUUGGUUCUGGAUUAGCGGCCGGUGCAAUUGGUGGCGCCAUUUUGGGUCAUGUCUUGACUCCGACACAAACCAAGGUUGUUGAACAGGCUCCAGCUGCUGGUAAUGCUGCCGGUGGUGGUGAUCGUGUUAUUAUUAUCAACAAUACCGGACAACCGAUUAAUGCCACGGAUGCUAAUGGGGCCACUGUUAUCAAUGCUGGUGGGGCUGCUGCUCCAGCUGCCGCUACAGGAGAUGCCGCAGCUGCUGCCGCUCCCAUGGCUCCCUUGGCACCUUUGGCCCCCAUGGCUGCUGCUGAUGAGAUGAACAAUACAACGCUGGCACCUCCCAUGGCCGGUGCUGGUGAUGCAAAUGCAACAACUGCUGAACAACCUCCAGCACCUGCUCCGGGUGGCAUCAUCUGUGUUCCAGUACGUGUCAAUGCCACCGAUCCCAAUGAUGCAAGCAAAAUGAUGGAAGUUGAACAAAUUGCCUGUUAUCCUGCACCACCACCAGCAGCAGCACCAGCUGCCAUGGAUCCUGCCACUGCUGCGGGACAACAACCACCACCCGCCGAAGGUUCGGCACCAUUGGCCCCCAUACAACCCAUUCCAGGUGAAGGAUCCCAACAACUGCAACAAUCCACAUUGGUGGGGGAACAAAAUGCUAAACAAGCCGAUUCGGCAGCCAAUCCACAGCAGCAACAGGGACUUUUGGGUCUUAUUGUGUGCUUUGUGGUCAGCUAUGCGCUUGCCUAUUGA